AUUUGUAUUCCUCUCAUGAACAUUCAAAACUUUAUGCAGCAAUUGGGACAAGCACAUGGAUAAGCACCUCCUGAAACCUCCAUUCCAGAUACUGCCGAAUAAGUUACAAUCAGUGCCCUAGCCUUGAUCAAAAUGCUCAAAGUAAUAUAUAUCCCUCACAAUCUCCUAGCAUGCAAGAGCAGGCAUCCCAUUUGAAGUCAUGGGUCUACUCUUAGGCGAUAUAGUAGACGACUACCACAUUAGAGUCUAUGAUGUUUUCUCAAUGCCUUAGACUGCAAGCAGUGUGUCUGUGGAAUCAGUGGAUCCUAUUUUCUAAUAAAAAAUGGUUGAAUUGCUCAAUUUAACUGGGAGAAUGGAAAAUUGCAUAGGAUGGUACCAUUCCCAUCCCUCUUAUGGAUGUUGGUUAUCAAGUGGUACCUAUUUAUAUCCAAUUAUUGCAAGUCGACAUCAAUACACAAUAAUCAUAUGAAUAAUUAAAUAAGAAAUCUAUUGCUGUUGUUAUUGACCCCAUCCAAUCAGUUAGAGGCAAAGUCGUAAUCGAUGCAUUUAGAUUGAUUCCCCAAUCAAGUAUGAUCACUCAAUAGGAACCACGACAAACCACUUCCAACACUGGCCAUCUUCAAAAACCUGGACUUGAAGCUCUGUUGAGAGGACUCAAUAGAUACUAUUAUUCCAUCAAUAUUAAAUUUAAAUGCAACGAUUUGGAAUAGAAGAUGCUUCAGAAUCUAUAUAAGAACAGUUGGGCUGAAGGAUUGAAGUAAUUGAAAUAAUGAUGAUUUUAGAUGCAAUUCGGCUAUUGAAAAUAGUAAUAGAAAUGAAUAAUGCGUUGAGGACAUGUCAAAAUUGGCUUCUGAGUAUCAAAAAUUGAUAGGUAUUUAAUUUAGUUAAGUUUUAGAUGAUGAAUCUAAAAAAGGAGAGCAAGAAACCAAAAUCAAGAAUACAGGCAAGAAGGAUCCUAAAAAACAUCUAGGAUUGAAGGUUGACGAAUUAUUAGAUGAAAAUCUCAAUGCCAUUUUGGGAAGGAUGAUGGCUACUAAAGCAUUUUGA